AUGAAGCUCCUCGCACCACUCGCCCUCCUCACUCUCGUCGUCGCCCUCCCAGCCGCGGACGAAGACCAUGCCCUCCGCGACUUCAUCGCCUCUGCCGCCACCAAACGCGGCCUCGGCCCCGGACGUGUCUGUGGCAUUGGGUCCCGGUUCUGCUGCGACGGCCGCGUCUGCACGCCAUCGAUGCAGGUAUGCCCCCCGGCAGAGUACUGCCAGUACCUCCCACCAUGCGCAGCUGGCGUCCAGACCUGCUGUGGCGGCGCACUCUGCAAGCCCAAGGGACUGCCUGACAUGUCAGAAGCGUGGCCGAAACAUGCCCCCACAACCACGCCCCACGCCAUGAAGCUCCUCGUCGCCACCAUCGCCGUCCUCGCGUUCGCGUCCGCCGCACCAGUGGACGAGGACCACGCGCUGCGCGAGUUCUUCAUCCGCGCGUCCCCGCCCGGCCCCAAGCCCAACCCGCCCCCGGGCCCCUUCCCCCCCGCCCCCGGGUGCGGGCCCAACCAGCUCGCAUGCUGCGACGGCAAGUUCUGCUCGUCGCCCUCGGGCCAGUGCCCCCCGUCCAAGUGGUGCAACUACUUUGAUCAGACGCCGACGUGCCCGCCCGGCGUCAAGAUGUGCUGCAACGGCUACUGCCCACCCAAGAACAAGCAGUCCAUGUGCCCGCUGCCCAGCGAGUGUCCCGGCAUUCACCCGCCGCCUUCUGACAGGUAA